UUCCUGCGGCGCGGCGCGGCCGCCGCUUCCUGCUCCUCCCCGCGGCGCGUCGGGCGGGCGGCUCCGCCAUGGCCGCCCUGGCGGCCCUUUCAAACGCGGCAGCCGGCGGCAGGGGGCAGGCCUGACUGGGUUUGUGCAGGAAAAGUCCUUGGAACUCUACUGCACCAGCUGCUCUGAGCAAAAGUGUCUGGGAGUUCUCCAAGGUUUCAACCCUGAGAGGAUUGGAAUGAAAGUACAGUAUAAAAUGGAAAUGUUAUUUUCAUGCCUUUGAGGUAUUGGAAAUAAAUAUACAAAUCAGGAUUAUGAUAUUGACUGUUCAGCAAUAAAGAGCAAAGAAAAACAGAGAAGCAGAGUGGCUGGGUAAAGUUGCAGGUGUCUCAGAACUGACAGUGAGAAGUCACCUGGGAAGCUAAGAAAAUGUCAUCUCUACCAAGGAGGGUGAAAUCUGAAGCCAAAGCCCGUACAUCAGAAGAUGAACUACCUUCAUUUCUAAAUUUGAGCUCUGAAUCAGAGGAAGAAGAGGAGGAGUGGGAGCCAAAAAGCAAAAUCGCCAAGAAGCGUCCGUUGCCAAAGAAAAAUGAGGCAAAACCUAAAGCUGCUGCUCUACGGUCAGCUGGGGCCAGGAAUAAGGUCAAGAAAGUAGCAAUAAAAGAGGAGAAGGAUGUAUCCUUGCCUAUUGCUCCUGCAGAAGAUAAUAGAAUGCAACUUCUAAAACCUAAGGAAGAAGAUGUAGGCACUAAACCAAAAACUUUAAAUCAAAAGCCACAAGUGCCUAAAAAAAUGGAAAUAAACUCAUUCCAAGGGAAGAAUGCAAAGAGUUUAGAGAGUGAUGAAAAACCCUCAACAAGUGUUCCUGUAGAAGGAAAUCAAGUGAAACAUGAGAAAUCUGAGGAGGAUUUUGCAUCUGGUGAACCACCUUUAAAAAAGAUUAAGUCAACUACAUGUCCUGAAGGAAAGCCAGUUAAAAAUCUAGGAGGCAACAAAGUAAAAGAAGAAUUUGAAAUGAACUGGGAUAUUGUACAGGCAUUGUCAGAAAUAACAAAUGUGGAACCAUGGGUAUGUGCAAACUUAAUUCGCCUCUUUCAAGAAGAAAACACGAUUCCUUUUAUUGCUCGGUAUCGAAAAGAGCUCAUCAAUAAUCUGGAGGCCGAUGCUUUGCGGGAAGUGCAGCAAACAUUGGAAGAGUUACGUACUGUUGCAAAGAAGACUCAUACAAUGAUACAAAAGUUGAAGAAAGAAGGGAAAUUAUCUGGAUGCCUUUUAACAGCAUUAUUAAAUUGCAGAACUUUGGAAGAAUUAGACCACGUGUCUGCACCUUAUAAAACUGGGAGUAAAGGUACCAAAGCCCAGAGGGCCAAGCAGUUGGGAUUAGAACCUGCUGCUCUCUCCCUCCUGCAGAAUCCUAUGGAGCUCAAUCUCUUUUCAUACAUUAAACCCAAUACUAAAGGGCUUUCAACUAUCCAGGAAGUAGAGGCUGGAGUACAGCAUAUUUUAGCUGACAUCUUCGCUAAAGAUAAAGAUACACUGGAUUUUAUCAGGAAACUAUGUCAGCAGAGGUAUAUUUGUAUCCAGUCAGCCUUGGCAAAAGUGUCAUCUAAAAGUGUAAAUGAAAAAGACAUCAAUAAAUUCCAACUGUACCAUGAGUUUUCUUGCAGUAUCAAGAACAUUCAGCAUCAUCAGAUUCUGGCCAUUAACCGAGGGGAAAAUCUGAAGAUCCUGACAGUGAAGGUCAACAUUCCUGACGGGGUGAAGAAUGAAUUCUGUUGGUGGUGUGUCAAUGAAAGGUGGAGACCAAAACAGUUUUUAAAACCAGAAUUAAUGAGGAUACUACGGAAUUCAGUAGAGGAUGCAUAUAAGCGCCUUAUAUAUCCUCUCCUCUGUAGAGAAUUCAGAUCAAAGUUGACAUCUGAUGCAGAGAAAGAAUCUGUGAUGAUGUUUGGGAGAAAUCUCCGGCAGUUGCUUCUGACCAGCCCGGUGAGGGGCCGUACUUUGAUGGGAGUUGAUCCUGGCUACAAGCAUGGCUGCAAGUUGGCAAUUAUUUCACCAACCAGUCAGAUACUCCAUACUGAUGUCGUUUACUUGCAUUCUGGUCAAGGAUUUCGUGAAGCUGAGAAGAUAAAGAGGCUUUUGCUACAGCACAACUGUAGCACUAUUGUGAUUGGCAAUGGCACGGCCUGCAGAGAAACAGAAGCUUUCUUUGCUGACUUAAUUAUGAAGAAAUAUUUUGCACCACUGGAUGUUGUUUAUUGCAUUGUCAGUGAAGCGGGAGCAUCUAUCUACAGCGUCAGUCCAGAAGCGUCCAAGGAAAUGCCAGACCUAGACCCCAACCUAAGAAGUGCAGUUUCCAUAGCUAGACGCGUCCAAGACCCAUUAGCUGAGCUAGUGAAAAUUGAGCCCAAACACAUAGGAGUUGGAAUGUAUCAGCAUGAUGUAUCACAGACUUUGCUUAAAGCAACUCUGGACAGUGUGGUUGAAGAGUGUGUCAGUUUUGUUGGAGUUGAUAUUAACAUCUGCUCAGAAAUACUAUUAAGACAUAUUGCAGGACUGAAUGCUAACAGAGCCAAAAAUAUAAUUGAAUGGCGAGAAAAGAAUGGACCAUUUAUAAACCGAGAACAGCUCAAGGAAGUUAAAGGUCUGGGUCCCAAAUCCUUCCAACAGUGUGCUGGCUUCAUCAGAUUCAAUCAAGAGUAUAUAAAGACAUUCUGCAGUAAUAAGAAAACUGAACUUGGAAGUCAUGCACUUCUGACUAAGGCAGGUGCACAGGGUAAAAAGAAGAGCAAACCAACAUCAUGUGCCUUGCAACAGCCCAAUCCUUUGGACCAAACUUGUAUUCAUCCAGAGUCUUACAACAUUGCAAUGAGGUUUUUAUCUUUCAUUGGAGGAAAUGCGAAUGACAUAGGAAAACCAGAUAUGCAGCAAAAAGUAAAUGCAGUAAUUCAAAAGGAAGGACUGGAAGGCACAGCCAAGAGGCUAAAUACGACGGUGCACACGCUGCAGCUGAUUAUUGAUGGUCUGACUCAGCCUGAAGGCUUUGACAUCCGAACAGAUUUUGAUAAACCUGACUUCAAGAGAAGCAUAGUCUGCUUUGAAGACUUAAGUGUUGGUACUGUUCUGACUGGAAAAGUUGAAAAUGCAACACCGUUUGGAGUUUUUGUUGAUAUUGGUGUGGGAAAAGCAGGUUUGAUUCCAGUGCGAAACAUAACAGAAUCAAAACUUUCUAAAGUGAAGAAGAGAAGAAGCCUGGGGUUAGGUCCUGGGGAAAGAGUGGAAGUUAAAGUGCUUAAUGUCGACAUUCCUCGAUUGAGGAUAACGUUGGAUCUUAUUCGUGUUUUAUGAGAGUGUUUUUUAUGAUUAAGCCUUCAUUUUAAAGGUUAAGUAAUGUCAGAAAGGUUCUGGAAAUUCAGGCAUUUAAUGAGAGUGUUGAAAAUGAAUGAACUUUGAAAUCUUCGACUUGGCUUCUUUUUCUUUUUUUUUUUUUUAUCUAAGAGUUUUUCAACAUUUCUUGAAUCCUUCCUGUUAAUAAUUGUUGGAUUACUGUUGGAAAACAGUUUAUUGGAUUAGCUCCAAGCAACCUUGCUAUUUUGUCUGCAGAGCAAACGAAAUUCCAGUGUACUGUUAGAUCUCUUAUCUUCUGUCUGUGCAAGAUUUGCUGUCUCAGUCUUUAGUCAGUACUGCAUGAGCAGACACAUCUACUGCUCCCCUUCAAAAACAGCCAUUCAGUUUGCCUGUUUUCCAGGUAAGAGUCUGAAAGAAGGUACUUAGUUGUAGAAAAAUGUGAUCUUUUUAAGUUAGUUGGUGAUGACAUUGCUUGAAAAGUAGACUGAAAAGAGAGCAUCUGCUAAUAAUAUUGAUGGUUCAGAAAUAUUCUGCUUUUAUUUAUUUGAGCAACAUUGUUAGGAGGUAUGUUUACCUGUCUUAUUAUCGCUUGUUCAGUUAUCAUUGAUUAAGACACUUGGAUGUACCUUGAGAUUUAAGGAACUUUGUUCAAAAGUGUCAAAAGACAUUUAUGUUGUUCUAUACUUGUGCAAAAUAAAACCAUUUCUUGCCAUCUUU